GGAAGAGAAGAUUUCAAGACUGGAAAAUCAAGGAGCAUAGGUGGCUAUGGCAGAAGAGGAAGCACACCCAUAUGCUUUUCACGUUUCUGGGCCUCGAAAUGUGGCUUCUCUCAAUUGGAGAGACCUUAUCAAUUCCAAUUGGAAGAAUGAGAACUACAAGAGAACUGUAAUUGCCUGCUUUGUUCAAGCAGUCUACUUGCUUGAGCUUGACAGACAAGAGAACAGAACACAAGAGAAUGCCCUUGCUCCAAUGUGGUGGCUGCGCUUCAAGUACAAACUGACCCAAAAGUUAAUUGAUGAAAGAGAUGGAUCAAUAUUUGGUGCAGUGUUAGAAUGGGACAGAUCUGCAGCAUUUGCAGAUAUGAUACUCAUCAGACCUAGUGGAGCACCCAAGGCUGUUUUAGCACUCCGAGGAACACUACUCAAAAGCUCGACAAUCCGAAGGGAUAUAGAGGAUGACCUUCGUUUCCUUGCUUGUGAAAGCUUGAAGGGUUCUGUUAGAUUCAAAGUAGCACUGGAAGCAUUAAAAUCAGUUGCUGAAAGCCAUGGAAGGUGCAAUGUCUGCAUUGCAGGCCAUUCCUUGGGUGCUGGCUUUGCUCUCCAAGUGGGAAAAUCAUUAGCUAAAGAAGGCAUAUAUGUGGAAGCCCAUUUGUUCAAUCCUCCCUCAAUUUCUAUAGCCAUAAGCUUGAGGAAUAUUGGGGAAAAAGCCGAAUUUGCUUGGAAGAAAUUUAAAGUAAUGCUUCCUUCAAAUAGUGAAUCUCAGGCCACCGACGAUUUGGGGGACAAAACUUCUGUAGCAUUGGAAAAAUGGGUACCGCAUCUAUACGUGAAUGAUAGCGAUUACAUUUCUUGCUGUUACACUGACCCUGAUGGAUCUAAAGAUAAAAAUGCUAAUAUGGAGAAUAUAGGUCAUACAAAUAUUACAAAUGGACAGGUUGCAGCCAAGUUGUUUGUCAUGUCUAAAGGAAAACAAAAGUUUCUGGAGGCUCAUGGCUUAGAACAAUGGUGGUCUGAUGAUAUGCAACUUCAGAUGGCUCUCCAUGACAGCAAGCUUAUAAGCAGGCAGCUGAAAUCCUUGUACAACCUCCCAGCUUCUCAACCAACGCAAGUGCCGGAAUGACACUAGCUGGUGGUGGUUCAUUGUUUUUGCUAAAUAACUCAUUUCAAUACUGAAAUAUUCGUACUACCGUUAUGGUGUUUGGAUUUUGUAUCUGCUACCGAUUUGGAGAGGGUAAUUCAUAUCUUAUUGCCUGUAAGAUUGGGGAGAAGCCUUGUUCUUCUACUCAAUAAAUGUUCCCUUGCCUCGUC